AUGUCCAACCCAGAUGACCUAGAUGACGGUCUACUGUAUGAUUAUGAAUCGGAUCAUGGCGAGCAUCAAGGCCCAACAGAAGGCUCCGAUCUUGAAGAGGAAUUUGCUGCAGAAACCAAGAAAAGAGCUAUAGAGGAUGAAAGCGACAAAGAAAGGCCUUUAGAGGAUGAAGGUGACAACAAAGGAUUAUCAAAGAGGCAGAAGAAGCUCAAGUCAUCCAAAUUCCAUGAAAAGAAGAAAGAGCAGCUUGAAUAUGAGGUUGGACGAAGGAAAAAUCUACCAAAGUCAUCGCCUGAAACCAUUGCCGAAUACCUUGCGACACUGAUCCGUGAAAAAAACCCAGAUCUCAGUGCAUUGGAGUUGGAUGAACUGUAUCUCAAGAAAUCUGACUUUUUGUCGACGGAAAAGCUCGACAAGGACCGUUGUUUAGCGAACUUUUCAGAUUUUGUCAAUGAGUUUAGUAGAGCACCAAGGGCUCUUGUCCUCUCGAUGUCGAAUAUCAGAGUAGCAGACGUUUUUAGGAGUUUGAAUGGCAGCAAAUCCUGCCUCAAACUCUUCUCAAAGAAUAAGCUAAAAGAUGAUAUAGCAUCACUGGAACAAGCAUUGGACAAAACCUCCAACAAGAAAUUCAAAGAUAUCAAGUACUUGAUAUCGACCCCAACUAGAAUGAGCAAAAUACUUGAAAAUACAGAUGUGCUCUUCCAGGGAAAGGAAAAAUUGGAUAUUAUCUUGGACGCUAGCUACUUAGAUCCAAAGAAAGAUACUUUGCUGUCCUCAGAAAACACGAUUAUCUUAUGCAAAGUCCUCAAGGCGAUUUUAGAGAAGAAGAGCUCUGUGAAGAUUUUACUUUAUUGA